AUGCCAAACAUCGGCUUCUACGCCUCGUGGAGCAGGUUCGAGUUGUGCGUCGCCGCGGCAGAGUGUGACGACUUUCCCCUCGUCGAUUACGUCAAGCGUGACCACACCUGCUGCUUCCCACCAAAAGCUGCCGCGUGGGGCCUCGAACAUGUACAGGUGGAAGAAGAAUUCGUCCGGACGUGCUCUCGGCAUGGCAAUGAGCGACCAUAUCAGGGCACAAUCCGCGCUCACCGUGCAAAGGCGCCAAAACCUGUUGGGUGUUGUCCAGCAAUGAUGUGGGGGCAGGUCUGCAAAGGCGGGCGAGUGCGGGUGGUGAUGUUCAACUACCACUCACAUUCGAAGGACCUGCGUCACCUACAGCUGCCAGGCGUGUUUCGUGCAGAAGUGGCACGUCUCCUUCGUGUCUCGGCGUCUUACACGGCCAUUUAUCACCAGGUGAAGGCGACCUUUUCCUCGCAUCCACGUAUCAGCAUUUUCAAGCAAGCGCAUGUCUACAACGUUGCUCAGGAGUACGAGCCUGGGCGCUUUGAUGCGGAUGACGCCGCUUCUGUGUGGUACGCUGCACAAAUCUACAACAAGGACAGCGCGCCUCAGGCGAUUUCCCGCAAGAGUCACUAUUCAUCCUUGUGCAGACUGAGUGGCAGCGACGCGUGCUCAAGCGUGGUGGUCGAAAGCGUCUAUGGAUGGGGAAUACCUGUGGCGCACGCCAUUGUGAGUCACGAGACGAUCGGCGUCGUCGCACACUUUCUACGGAAAGCGGUUGCAGACCACGGUAUCACUCCAUCGGCCGUGAUCACGGAUAAGACGUUUGCCGAAGGUCGCGCCGUGGAUGAGGCACUUCCCAACUCUCGCUGGCUUCUUUGCCAGUUUCACGUGAAGCAAGCUUGGCUCAGACACUUCAGCUCCAGAUCCAAGGAUGGGCUCUCGCCGGUGAAGGACUUGGAGGAGCUCAUGAAGUGCUCAACCAUCCAAGAUUUCGAGCGCGGCAAGCGACUUUUCUCGGAGCGGUACAAGGAUGACCCAAAAGUGCUGGAUUAUUCAAGAAAACAUUACUUUGAAUGGGCGCACCUGUGGGCUGACUACUGCAGGCGCCCCCAAGAUCCAACAACCAACAAUUAUAUCGAGUCCUUUCACCGCGUUCUCAAGGAACACCUUGACAGGAAAUCGGGGCGUGCUGACUACCUGCUGCGCCGCUUGCUCUCAUUCGCGGAGGAGCAAGACAGAAGGUUCUACACGCUCAACAUCGCUAAGCAAGCGGGUCCAAGUGUUGAUCGCACCAGUGACUUGUCGUUCACAGUGUCAUUCCCUGACAAGGACCCAAAGGCUGUCACCAUGAGAGCUGCGUUUACGUGCGAGUUCUGCUCCCGCGCUGACUGCAUCCACAACACAAACCAAGCCGGCACACAGGUGAAACAGGAUAUCAUGCACGUGUACACGAGCGUACUCGUGCGCGUGCGCGCUGACACAGACUGGACGAAAUCACAGAAUACCCCUCGGGGGAUUGUCGUUGACCUUGAGGACAUUUGCACUCUCAUCGACCGCCUCACGGACAGGAUCUCCAUCAUUGCCGACGGGCAGAAGCGAUGUCGACAAGCGGGCAUCAAGCAGGAACACCCCCGGAAAAGAGUGAAGACACUGGCCCCGUCGAGACUGCGGCUGUUCCCUGUGCGCGGCCGCAGGGGAGGCAAGAAGGCGGCAAGCACUCGGGAGGGCGCGAGGAAACCGCUGUUUCAUGAUGCGUGGCAACCGAAGUCGGAGUCAAAUGACGCGGAGCCCGCAGUGCAAGGUGCCCGGCGAACGGAGCCAGUUUUCGAGGAACAGCAGCUCCCACCUCGCGGCGAGGCUUUGAGGCAGCGAAAUGAUGGUCGCGUUGUUCAGGUGGAUCAACGAACACUCAUCGUCCAACCUGUUGGGGUGUGUUUCUACGACCAGGCACCAAACCCGCGCAUCCGCGAGAAGAUGGUGGGUGGCCGAAGCUCGGUUGCCUCUGUCGACGUGACUCCGACCAAACUACAGCCUGAGGGUGUUGGCGCAGUGUUGUUGCUGCAUCGCCUUCCCCACCCCUUCACUGCACACCACAUCAGCGUCAUCAUGGAGGUGGCGGCGCAUGCGCGAUGGGAGGAAGUGCAAUCAGACCUGCAGCGCACACUGGGCUUUGCACUGUCACGCGUGCAAUACGUCGACGAUGAGGAUGACUGGAUCACCAUCUCUUCGGAUGAAGACUGGACAUCGGCCGUGACACUGUACCCGGCCAAACUCUUCCUGCAAGUGGACAAGGCCAGCGCCUGCGUUUCCAAGCAGGCGCUUGCGCAGAAGCAGCAAACACCGUGUUGCCCUGGCGGGCCGACACCACCGUCCUCUUGCUGUCCUUCCAUCGAUGCAGAGCACCCAUGCUGCGCUUCCUCCACCAAGACGUGCGCCCAGGAGACGCGCACCGCUGCUUCGUCCUCCCCAACCUCCACCGCCUCCUGCUGUGGCCCACCGAAGAACGCAUACCCGGAGAUGUUCAUGACCGACGAGGAACUGCGGCGCAGUCGGGACCCGCGUGUGUGGGACUGGCAGCACGUGAAACAAGACGCGCCACUGCCAAAGGAAAACAACCCAACAGCGGACCAGUUUCGCUAUUCCGGAACCAGUCUGAGAGCGUUCACGUGUCCACUUGGACCCUGCGGAGGCGGUUGCAUUGCCCUUGCAGGCGAUGGGGGGCUGCGGCAGUGGCAAAUCCUCAACCGCAUCUGUCACGAUGCGCACGUGCCCGACAGCUUCUUUGCCCUCUACACCAACGAUGGCAAGGGCGGCGUUGAUGCUCGCGUUUUGCAGCUGCUGAAGGACCUCCCGCACUUGUCUGCGAUUGAAAUUGAGGGCAAAUACCCCGUGAUGGACGUCGACUACACCAGUCUCAACAACGGCAUCAAGGCAUCCAUGGAGUGCAUGUGUCCGUGCAUUCCCCUCGACAGCAAGAACAGCGGCCUGCCUGUCAUCUUCUUCAACUUCACGCUCACCAACACCACGUCUGAUGCCGUGGAUGUGUCGCUGCUGAUGUCGCAGCACAACCUCGUCGGGUGGGACGGGGAGACGGCGAUUGAGAAUGAGACCGAGUUUGCCGGUUACGGCGGGAAUGUGAAUGCGAAGAUGACAAUGGACGGCGUGACCGCUGUAGAUAUGACCAGCACGCAGUUCAGGGACACGGAUCCGCAGGCCGGCCACAUUGCCAUCGCCGCGCUGACGGGCGACUCGUCAGAGGUGUCGACCAUGCUGCAAUACGAUGCACACAAGACGCUCUGGUCCCACUUUGCCAAGACGGGCAAGCUGCCAGGCCAGGGCCAGUCCACUCCUUCCCCGUCGGGCAAGACAUGGAACGGUGCUGUGUGUGUGUCACGCACUCUCGCUGCCGGAGCAACGACCACCAUCACCUUUGUGCUUGCAUGGCAUUUCCCAAACCGAUAUGUCAACUGGAGCCAGAAGGGGUUCUACAUUGACGACACCAAGUCACAGUACUGGCUUGGAAACGCAUAUGCCAACUUCUGGCCGUCAAUCACAGAAGUGCUCGAGUACGCCAAGAACACGGGCGAGGCGCUGCAAGCACAGACGCGACAGUUCCGCGAUGCCAUGCACACGUCCAACCUGCCGUACCAGAUUGUGCAAUCGUGCGCCAUGUCUGCCAGCAUCCCGCGCUCGCCCUCGUGCAUGUGGCUGGGUGACAGCAGCUUCUACAACUUCGAGGGCUGCAGUAGUGACAGCGGUUGCUGUCCCCUCAACUGUACGCACGUGCUCGACUACUCUGUUGCCCUCUCGCGCCUGUGGCCGGAUCUUGAGCAGUCCAUGCGCACAAACGACCUCGACCUGCAGCUCUCUCCAAACGGCAUUCUCCCCAGCCGCUCCACCGUUCCCAUCUGGCUUCGUCGUCAGUGGUCGUUCUGGCCGGACGAUGAGGACCGCAGUCUCGAUCAGACCAUCUGCUCCGACGGAGAAAUCUGUACUGUCAUCAAGACAUAUCGUGAGGUGCUGAUGGGCGCGCCAUCCUCGUGGUUCAAGGACAAAUACCACCAAGUUCUCAAGAUCAUGGAGCGCUGGCUCAUCAUCAUGGAUGCACAGGGAGAUGGUGUUGUGCGUGGUGCACAGCCGUCAACGUAUGACGUCGCCUUGCACGGCGCCAACUCGUUCAUCGGUUCCCUGUACAUGUGCGCACUCCGCGCCGCAGAAGAAAUGGCUGUCCUGCAGAACGACCCCGACUCUGCAGCCAAGUUUCGCGCGCGCUUCAAGCUGAGCGUGGCCAACUACGACAAGCUCUGCUUCACCAACGGGAAAUGGUACACGCAAGUGGUUGAUCCUGCCCACGACACCAACAUCAUCGGCGAAUCCACCUUCGUUGACUCGCUUCUCGGCGAGUGGUGGGCGCAGUUCCUCGGCAUUGGUGCGAUGCUUCCGCCGGCGCACGUGCUGAGUACGCUGCAGAACUGCUUCAAGUACAACCACGUGGAUGCGUUUGAUCCAGCCCGCCAGGCUCCGCGAAAGUUCUGUGACUCACGUGAUGCAGGCAUGUACAUUGCAACGUGGGGCGGCCCAGAGAACCCGCCGCCAAAGAACGCGCUGUUGUACACGUCGGAGGCCAUCUGGACCGGGCUUGUGUAUCCAUUCAGUGGGCUGUGUAUGAUGGCGGGCGACGUUGACACGGCUAUGCACGUGCUGACAGACGCGCGCGACCAAUACGACGGCACGCGCCGCAGCCCCUUCAACGAGAUCGAGUGCGGCGACCACUAUACGCGGCAGAUGAGCGGGUUCUCGCUGUUUGAGGUGGCAGCUGGCCAGCACUGGAACGCACCCUCCCUCUCGCUCUCCUUUGCGCCGUGCAUCAACUUCUCGUCUUUCCGUGGAUUCUUCGUUGUUGGCACGGCUUGGGGGCAGUACACCCAGCAGUGCAAAGACGGCACGUUUUCGUCCGGCGUCGCCUCAAUCGCUCCGGCCUUUGGUGUCGUGUCGCUGCGAACAUUCGCUGUCAAGAGCACCGGUGAUUCAUCAGCAACAUCCGUCGCCCUCAACAGCGGCAAGUCACUGCCUGAUUACACUGUCGCCCGUAAGGACGGCUUCCUCGUCAUCACAUUCAGCCGAGAGGCCAACUGUGUGCAAGGUGACACGCUGACGGUCACUGUCGCCGCCUCGUAGCUGCAUCCCCGACCACGUUUCACUCCCCACCAAAAACAAUACAAACCAAAGUCAUGACGUGCUUGCAAGCAAGCAAAGGGUUUGCACCAUGCAAACACGCGCUUGCACCGUGCAAACACGCGCUUGUUCAUCCUCAUGGCUCUGCCCACGCCUUUGCGGGGUUGUUGUUGCUACGCCUCCCCCUCCUUUUUUUUUUUUUUUUUUUU